GCCUAGACGAGGCCUGCCCCGCUCCGGCUAGACCCCGACACGGCCUGCCAUCAUGGCGCUGCGCGGCGUGCGGGUGCUGGAGCUGGCGGGCCUGGCGCCGGCGCCGCUCUGCGGGCAGAUCCUGGCCGACUUCGGCGCCCAAGUGGUGCGGGUGGAUCGCUUCAGCCGGCCGGCCAUGACGGCGGACGUGCAAGGCCGCGGCAAGCGCUCCCUGGCGCUGGACCUGAAGCAGCCCCGGGGCGCCGAGACGCUGACUAGGCUCUGCCUGAGGGCCGACGUGCUGAUCGAGCCCUUCCGACCAGGGGUCAUGGAAAAUCUUAAUCUUGGUCCAGAUGUUCUCCUUAAGAAUAAUCCUAAACUCAUUUAUGCUAGGCUAACUGGAUUUGGCAGUUCAGGAGCAUAUAGCAAGAUGGCAGGUCACGAUAUCAAUUAUUUGGCUGUGUCAGGUGUGUUAUCAAGACUUGGGAGAAAAGAUGAAAAUCCUUAUGCUCCUGUCAAUCUUUUGGCUGAUUUUGCUGGUGGCGGCGUUAUGUGUGCACUGGGUAUAAUUAUAGCACUGUACGAACGCACAAAAUCUGGUAAAGGGCAAGUCAUUGAUGCAAGUAUGGUAGAAGGUGCAGCAUACCUAAGUUCUUUUCUGUGGAAGUCACAAAACUUGGGCCUUUGGAACAGACCUCGUGGAGAAAACCUGCUAGAUAGUGGAGCCCCUUUUUAUGAAACAUACGAGACCUCAGAUGGGAAAUUCAUGGCUGUUGGUGCAAUUGAGCCACAGUUUUAUAAGCAGCUUAUCAGUGGUCUGGGGCUAGAUUCUCAUAAACUUCCUGAUCAGUAUGAUUUUUCCGGCUGGCCUGAAAUGAAGAAAAAGUUUGCUGACCUGUUCUCAAAGAAAACCCAAGCAGAAUGGUGUGGAAUCUUUGACAACACAGACGCCUGUGUGACGCCAGUUUUGUCUUUUGACGACGUCGCCUUGCAUCCACACAACAAGCAACGUGGGGCUUUCCUUAAAAAUGAUCAGGAAGAGAUAAGUCCUAGACCAUCUCCGCUUCUUUCCAGGACCCCAGCUACCCCUUCUUCCAAAAGGGAUCCAUUUAUAGGAGAGCAUACUGAAGAGAUUCUCUUGGAUUAUGGCUUUUCUAAGGAAGAGAUCGCGCAGCUUAAAUCUCUUAAAGUGAUUGAAUCCAACAAGCCAAAGGCCAACUUAUAAAACUACAGAAACCAAGAGUCCAAUACUGCCCACCCCUUACCCCUGAGUGCUAUGAAUUCAACAAGAGAAAGUUAUGGACAGAACCAUUUAACAGUUUAAAUAAUGAUGAAAAAGGACAUUACUUCAAUGUGGAGUUGGGGCUACUUGCAACUUACUACAGCUAAAUGUAUGCAUUUUGUAAGAGAUCUACUGUUGGUCUCCUACUUUGUCGCAGCUAUUGAAAACCGUGCCUAUAGAUUAUGAAAGUGACCAUCACAAACCAGAUUAAACCCCCGUGUGUACUGAUAGAUUCAGAAGGUAGCUGUUUUGAUAGUUAGAGUCCAGUAACCCAUAGUAAAAUGGUCAGAGUUCAGAUAUCCCUGCUGUAUAGAAUCUAGAAAGGAUAUCAAAGCUUUCAAGAAUCAAUGCUCCUUUCGUCAGGUAUCUGAUGUUUAUACUCUGAAAACCUUGUUGGUCUCUAAGGUAUUACUGGACUUGGAUCAAGCUGAUCAUAAUGCAGUAUCCCAAGAAUUACUGCCAGCAAAAAGGUUGCUUGUGCUGAUGUACUGUAAAAUGGUUGGUUUCUGUCAGUAUAAUCCCAGAGUUGUACUUUUCAAAACCCAUUGACUCUGUUUAGGGUUGCACUGUCUAUUAAGCAUAUGAAAAAAUUCUUUUAAAAAAUUGCAGACAAAUGUGGGCUGCUAGUCGUAUAACACAAAGAAUUAAUAGUCGUAUAACACAAAGAAUUAAUGUCUGAAGGACACAUUUGAAUGGAUAUACGGUACAUUAGGUUGUAGCAUCAAGGCCCUAGAAGUGUUUCCAAAAAGGCCUUGGUUUUUUCACGGUGUAAGAACUAUAAAUUUUCAUCGCUUUGUUGUAUAAACCUGCUCUACAAGGAAAGUACCAUAGUAUCCCGUAUAGCUAAGCCACUGUGCCCAUAUCCCGUAUAGCUAAGCCACUGUGCCUGGGAAGAGAGAAAAAAAAAUCAAGGACGUAUUUCAUGAUCCUGUAACAGAAGUCACAAAUGCUUGCAUUGGUUGUUAAAAGAAUGUGAGAAACUGGGGUGGGGAAACCCACCAUACACAUACCCUAUUUUUAAUUUCAAAUGUAAAAAAAAUACUUUGCCUAGGAAAAAAACCCCUUCCUUUUGCAUUAGUUCUGGGCAUCCUAUCAAAUUUUUGUUAAUGUUCUUUGUGAUUUGGACAGAUGAUUCUAUUAUGUAUAGGCUAGAGUAGAGGCCUCAGUGGGAUUUUGGGGUUGAUUAAGGCUACGCUGUUUUAAUCAGGUCCAUAUUUUGCUAUAUAACUUGUGGCAUUGCACAAAACUUAAUUUUGAACUGAUUGAACUGAAACUUCUACAAGUUUACUGUUAUAUAUCCAAAGGUUUUCAUAAAAUGCGUUAAAUCUUACUAAUUCAAAAUCUUACUAAUAUAAGGGUAAAAUCAAGUUGCACUUUAGAAACCUUAUAGAAACUUGAUAAUUUCUGUGUCUGUAUAAUACACACCUGUAUUUUUUGCCUAUUUUUUUAAAAAAACCACUUUUCUAAAAA